AGUGCGUCAUCAGAGCGCGACUCUCGGCGGCCAAUCGGUGGGGCGGCGUGACCUCACUUCCGGCUAGAGGCGGCGGUGGCUGCUGAAAGCUGAGGUGAGGCCUGGUCUGCGACCGCGCGGUGCGGGCGUCCCGCCCUUGGGCCUGUCCUUACGGACUGUCUCCAAGAGGGAUUCGGCUCCAGGCGUACCGGGAGGUGCUCGAACGCGACCCUGUCCGAGGCUGCAGCGGCACUGUGAGCAAGCCACGGGUAUUCUGGGGUUACAUUUAUCCGUUUAAAAGGGAUUGUUGGUUUGAUUUUUUUUUUUCCUACGCAUGCGGUAGAAGCAAUUCAUUUUUUUCAGGUUGCAAAAGACAUAAAGGAGCUUGAAGUUUUCCCUCAAAUCUAAUGUUUCUGGUGAUAAGUUGCAGGUUGUCCAUAAAAUUUGGCUUGGUAGGCCAAAAUUGCUCCUGGCUGGAAACAAUGAAGCAUUAUUUUGCAUGAAACUUGUACAGGACUGAGAUUAUGGCAUCUUCGACAAACUUGGAUGUCGGGGCCCAGUUAAUUGUGGAAGAAUGUACCACAAACUACAGCCUUCCACCCAUGCCAGACAUUAAAGUGGAACAUCAGCUUGACACCAGCACAGAGGAAAGCCCAGCUCAGAGUGUCACCAUGGGGAUGAAAUUCAUUUUGCCCAAUAGAUUUGAUAUGAAUGUCUGCUCACGAUUUGUGAAGUCUUUGAAUGAGGAGGACAGUAAAAAUAUUCAAGAUCAAGUCAACUCUGACCUUGAAGUUGCAUCUGUCCUAUUUAAAGCUGAAUGCAACAGCCACACUUCUCCUUCCCCUGGUAUCCAAGUAAGACAUGUUUAUACUCCAUCAACUACUAAGCAUUUCUCACCAAUAAAACAAUCAACUACACUAACUAACAAACACAGGGGAAAUGAAGUCUCUACAACACCUCUACUUGUAAACUCUUUAUCAGUUCAUCAGCUGGCUGCUCAGGGAGAAAUGUUAUAUCUGGCCACACGUAUUGAACAAGAAAAUUUAAUCAAUCAUAAGGAUGAAGAAGGAUUUACCCCUCUGAUGUGGGCUGCAGCUCAUGGGCAGAUUGCAGUAGUGGAAUUUCUCCUCCAGAAUGGUGCAGAUCCUCAGAUUCUGGGGAAGGGGCGAGAAAGUGCCCUCUCACUGGCCUGCAGUAAAGGAUACACAGAUAUUGUCAAAAUGCUGCUCGACUGUGGGGUUGAUGUCAAUGAGUAUGACUGGAAUGGAGGCACACCCUUGCUAUAUGCAGUACAUGGGAACCAUGUGAAAUGUGUAAAAAUCCUUCUCGAAAAUGGUGCUGAUCCAACUAUCGAAACAGACGCUGGCUAUAAUUCCAUGGAUUUGGCUGUAGCCUUGGGCUACCGGAGUGUUCAGCAGGUUAUCGAGUCUCAUUUACUAAAGCUACUUCAAAAUAUCAAGGAAUAAUGGUUGGCUCUUCUGCAGUUUCCACAUCUUGGCUUGGAGAUUUGAACUGCUCUUCAGCUCUGAUUGGUGACAAGAGUUGGUUGUUUUGUAACAUUACCUCAGUGUAACUAUUUUCUGGCUUUAGUUAACCUUUUUUGUGUUCUUCCUCUUCUUUCACUGUUGUGAAUACAAAUGUGCAAUGUCAUCCUUUUCUUAAUUAUAUAAUUUAGAAGAGUCAGUUGUUGUGCAUGAAACAUUCUGUAAAUAAACCUGGUUUUGACCAUCUAAAUGUUUACACUGAGUGCACUGGGUGGCACUAUGCAGUGUCCUACUUCAUCGAUACAUAGUCACAGGAAGAAAUGUGUUUAGAUAGUGAGGGAUAUCAUCACAGAAGACAGAUAUCAGUAUUGUUAAUAAUACCAAAAUAUGCUCUGUCUGUGAAGUUUAUGAGGUUCCCCAGUUAAUAUUUAUCUGGUUGGAGCCAGAGCAGGGUUCAUUUUUGCAAUAGUGAGGAGGGAGCUAGGACCCAGAGGUUCUUCUGUAUCAUCUCUCCCCACUCCUAAGAGAAGGAGGAGGUCCCUUCCAGGGAGAAGGAGUUCUUCCAGUCAGGGUGGACUGGUUGCAGUGCGGUGGUGGAGCUCUGCAGUGAGCAUUUUUGCAUGUUUAAUUACUCUCUCUUUUGUACAUUGUUGCUAUUAAUGUUUGUUUUCUUACCUCAUUGCUGUUUCCAGUAAAGUUUUGUUACCUCAA